CUGAAAAAACUUCACUUCAGAGACCUCCAAGUUGGUAUGGUACUGCACGGUGCUCUCUCUCUAGGCCUCUUCCUUCUUCCCUUGCUUCAUGUUACGUUAGCUGAGGAAUGCGGAUAUUGUCUUUGUCCUCCGACCAAGGAUGGUUACAUCAAUGUUCAUAUUGUACCACACACCCACGAUGAUGUUGGAUGGCUGAAAAAUAUUGACCAGUACUACUUCGGCGAUGGUAAAUGGUACCAAACAGCAUCAGUGCAAUACAUCCUCGACUCAGUGAUGCAUGCGCUUUCGCUGAAUCCAUCUCGCAAAUUUACAUAUGUGGAGAUGGCUUUCUUCGAACGCUGGUGGCGUCUUCAGGACGCGACAAUGCAAGAACUCGUUCAUCGUCUUGUUCGAAACGGACAAUUGGAAUUCGCUUUGGGCGGCUGGACCAUGAAUGACGAAGCUGUGGUUCACUAUAGUGAUUCUGUGGACCAACUGACUCGAGGUUUGGCAUUUCUUAAUGCCACCUUCGGUGAUUGUGGAAGGCCUAGGGUGGCUUGGCAGAUCGAUCCUUUUGGCCAUGCUAGACAACAGGCGCGCAUCUUCAUGGAUGCCGGGUUCGAUGGGGUCUUUUUCCAACGCAUGGACUAUCGCGAGAAGCGCCGAAGACUCAAGGACAAAGGGAUGGAGGUUUUGUGGAAAGUCGAUUCUAUUGAUAACACGACCGGUCUCUUCACACAUAUGCUUUAUCAAAGCUACUGUUCACCACCUGGUUUCUGUUUUGACUCCAAAUGCGAUGACCCACCAAUAAUUGUGGAUCCCUUGGCGACUAAUUACAAUGUUCCUUCAAGAGUAAGACAGUUCUUGGAGUAUGUGAGGCUUGUUGCCAAGAGCUACGCCACUAACCAUAUCUUCGUGCCCAUGGGAUGCGAUUUUACUUAUGAAAGCGCAAAUGAGAAUUUCAUUAACCUGGACCGGCUUAUCGAGCACGUAAAUGCACAUCAGAGCCAAGAGGCACUAAGAUCCACGUCUUGGGGGUCAUCCACAAAACCGGUGCAUCUGCUCUAUUCCAGUCCGACCUGCUACACCAAGUCAGUCAAUGAGGCAUUUAAGAAAGAAGGAAUGAUGCCCGAAAGAGAAGGUGAUUUCUUUCCCUAUGCUAGCGCUUCUAACACAUUCUGGACUGGAUUCUACACUAGUAGACCCUCCCAAAAGUUUAUGGUUCGGCGUGCAUCCUCGCUGCUUGCAGCCUGCGAACAGGCCCACAUAAUGAAGCCCACUGUUGGGUAUCGCUGCAAAUAUCCAUCACGUCCGACCUAUGACUACCAGAAGGGCAAUUUCUUGGAACCCGUCCAGGUGGUGGAUCAACUUCGACGAAUGGUGGGGAUAAUGCAACAUCACGAUGCUGUCACUGGUACUGAAAAGCAGCAUGUUUCUGACGACUACCGUCAGCGUCUCACAGAUGCCAUGUAUGGCUGCCAGCAACUUGUCUCUUCUGUGGCCGACAGCCUGUUGGAGACUCGCUCGCAUAGUGGUGGCAAUGGAUUCAAAGCCUGUGAAUAUCUUAACGUCUCCGUCUGUCUUCCUCUGACUCGUAAACAUGCUUUACCGGACGCUUUGAUUGCCGUUUACAAUCCUCUCGGAUGGGACGACCUUAGGCCAUGGAUGCGCCUUCCGUUGCACGCUACCGAAGGAGAGGCUGACAGACUUCACACGUACACAUUGAAGGAGUACUUCACCGGUGAAACUGUGCCCUUUCAAGUGGUCACCUUGCCAAAAGCUGUCUGUCAUUUACCGGAAAGAGGAAUGCUUAGUAACAAGGGGCACUCGGAGUUGGUCUUCAAGCCAAACGUUGGUCUCACUCCAGCAGGCUUCACCUUGUAUCUAUUGACGGGUGCAGCAAGCAAUGCGUAUAGAUUCGGUCAUCAACACCGACGAAGGCAACGACGGAUCUCGCUGAAGAUUGGUCAAGACAAUCUCCCAGUCUUCUUAACUCAAGAGGGUCAAACGGUGACGAUGCUUCUGAUGAAUUAUGAAGCAAACACUUACUACAAACCGACCUCAGGGGCCUAUGUUUUCCGACCCCUUAGGGAGGCCGUGCGCAUUGGAAACGCCACAUCAGAAAUAAUUGAUGGUGAACUUGUGACAGAAGUGCGCACAACGUUCUCCCAUUGGGCCUCCUUGACGGCCCGCCUCUACGCUGACGAUCGAAUGGAGGUCGAGUGGGUCGUAGGACCCCUUCCGAACAUCGGCCGACGUGUCACCGAAGUCAUCUUACGUUACCGAGUUACUGGCAACGGGAUUCUUCCCGCCACUGAAGGCGAAUUCUACACCGACUCCAUGGGAAAUGAUCUAAUCAAACGGAACCGUGUACGUCCUGGGAAGGGUAGAAUGGAGACUCUUGAAUUCCCAGACGAUACCGGAUAUGGCUUGCGAUAUUGGCGGAAUUGGGACAGCCGUGAGUCCGUGCAGGAGCACCUGAUAGAGGGAAGCUACUUUCCCGUCGUCAAUCGUAUUCUCCUGAAGGGCACGCGCUACGCCUUUGGCGUCUAUACAGACCGCGCAGAGGGCGGUUCCAGUCUGGCUGAGGGCGAACUUGAACUCAUGCUGCAUCGCGCCACCAUUGUUGACGACGGUCUCGGAGUCGGCGAACCUCUCAAUGAACGCGCCUUUGGUGAAGGCAUUGCUGUGAGGGGCGUGCAUAGGCUUCUACUCGACACAGUGGCAAGGGUGGAGGAGAUGGACCCCCGGAUAGCGCAGGAAGUCUCUCGACCACCAACUUUAGUCUUUCGAGACCGAGGUAAUGAUACCCUCAAAUCUAGCCCCACCAUUGCUCCGUCAUUACUGACCCGAGGUCUACCAGAGGGCCUUCAUCUAUUGACGGUUCAGCAGUGGCCUGUGGAAGGUGAGCCUUCAAGAAACCAACUCCUAGUCCGCCUUCAGCAUAUUGGCCUUCCUGGUAUUGGAGCAAUAACUAUGGAACUGAGCGAUGCCUUCACAGUGGGGAGGGUUAUCAAGGCGACAGAAAUGUCACUAACAGCCAAUCAGUUAGCUGACGUAGCCAAAAGGAACAAAUUAGUCUGGCCUUCAAAGUUUGAACGGCCCAAAGGUGUCAACUACCGUGGUGAGAGUAAUGCGACUCGUGUUGUGAUCCAACCGGAGGAAAUCAAGACGCUUAUAUUGUAUAUGGCGUGA